AUGGCAGUUGAAACAGCCCUGGCAGGACUCCAGGCAGAAGCCAACUGUCCCAUCUGUCUGGAUUAUCUGAGAGACCCUGGCACCAUCGAAUGUGGCCACAACUUCUGUCGAUCUUGCAUCCAACAGUCCUGGGAAGAUCUAUGGGACAUGUUCCCUUGCCCUGUCUGCCGUCACCCAUGCCAACAGAGGCACUUCAGGAGCAACAUCCAGCUGGGAAGGAUGAUUGACAUCACCAAGCUCCUCCACAUCACCAGGAGCAAGAAGAAGAGGCAGGAAGACAGGCGCUUGUGUGAGAAGCACAACCAGCUCCUGACCCUCUUCUGUGAGGAGGACCUAGAGGUGCUGUGUCCCCUGUGCACUCAGCCCCCUGACCACCAGGGCCACCAGGUGAGGCCCCUGGAGGAAGCCGCCUCUCAUCACAGGCAGAGACUCAGCAGUUACAUCGAGUCCCUGAAGACGCAGGUGGCAGACGUUCAGAAAUUAAUAAGCAUUCAAAGCAAAAAACCCUUAGAACUGAGACAGAAGAUGGAAAACCCAAGGCAGGAAUUAGUCUCUGAAUUUGAGCACCUGAAGCAGUUCUUAGACCAUGAUCAAGAGGCAGUUCUCUCAAGGUUAGAAGAGAAGGACACUCAACAGAAACUCAGUGCAAACAUAACCCCAUUUUCAGACUACAUUUCGACCCUCAAAGGUCUACUAAGUAAGGCAGUAGAGAACAGUGUGCUGUCUGAAGUGGAAUUGCUCUCACAAAUUAAGAAUUUCCACCAGAAGUCUGAGGAUGAGAUGAGCCCAUCAAUCUUUUCCAUUCAGUUAAGGAGAGAAGGCUGCAGUUUCCCCCUCCAGCAUUCUGCUUUGCAGAAAAUUAUACAGAAAUUUAGAGUAGAUAUAAUUCUAGACCCUGAGACAGCACACCCUCACCUGAUGGUCUCUGAGGAUAAAAAAAGUGUGAGAUUUACAAAGAGAAAACAAAACGUUCCUGAUUUUCCAAAAAGAUUUACAGUCAACGCAGUUGUGCUGAGUUUUCCAUAUCUUCAUUCUGGCAGGCAUUUCUGGGAGAUAGAAGUGGGAGACCAGUCUGAAUGGGCUAUCAGGGUUUGCAAAGACUCUCUUCCCACGAAGGCGAGGAGACCUCCAUCAGUCCGGCAGGGAUGCUGGAGGAUUCGACUGCAAGGAGAUAGCUAUGAUGCACCAGGAGCUGUUCCAACCCCUCUACUGUUAGAAGUGAAACCCAGAAGCAUUGGUGUUUUCCUAGACUACGAGCUGGAUGAGAUCUCAUUUUAUAACAUGACUGAGAAAUCUCAUAUCUAUACCAUCACUGACAAUUUUACUAGACCUCUGAGGCCUUAUUUCCACGUAGAACCUGAUUCAAAACCUCUCAGAAUCUGGCAGGCCCAGUUGCUCAAAACCGUACAAUAG